AUGGCUAACAUAUUAGACAUAUUUAAAAAAUCGAUCAAAUAAAAAACACAAGAGCAGGAAGGAAAAUUAAUGGAGUUUGAUCUUGAUAAUGUUAAGAUCGUGAAAUUAGACAAAUAGACAGCUGAACUUCUUGAAUCUCAAAGCCAUCUAGAGUCUUUAAGUCUUGUAGAGUGCUCCUUAAAGACACUUGAGGGAUUUCCUAAAUUACCUAAUUUAUAGAAUUUGGUGUUGGAAACUAAUUAAUUGGAUGGAGAAGCAAUUAAAUUCAUUGGCAAUACAUAUCCAAAAUUGUUGUGUUUAAGUCUAGCAGAAAACCAAAUCAAAACAUUUGCUGAUUUGGAGCCGAUCAAGUAGUUGAAAAAAUUACAAUAAUUAGAUUUAUCUGAAAAUCCUAUAGCUAAAUUGCCAGGAUACUUCUAAAAGGUGUUUGAUUUAGUUCCUGGAUUGUCGGUUUUAGAUAACAAAGAUAAAAGUGGAAACGACAUUUAAUAUAGUGAGGACGAAGAUGAGCUUGUGGUAGAUGAUUCAGAAGAUUCAGAAAACGAAAUAGAUGAUGAGGAUGAUGGAUUAGAUGAUGAUGACGAUGAUGAAGAAUCAAGUCCAAAACCAACUAAAAAAGCAAAAUAAUGAUAAAUUUAUAAGAUUUUUUGGUCCAAUAAAUUUUUAUUUCAUUUUAUU